AUUUGACGUUGUAACGAUUUGAGGUGAUGCUGAGUCCAGUUUGAGUCGAAGUCGCCGGCGCACUGAUGUUCUUGACCGCGUGACACGCCUGCUACGGUGACACUGUGACAGCAAGCUCAGUGCUCACGACCACGAGUCCGAGUCGACACCGCGACUUAGGCUGCCCAGUCGGUCCUGGCUCUCUGUACAUCUCUGUCGCGAAACCAACGUUCAGACACGAUCUCGGAAUUGCAGCCAACUUGAUUGCAGCUGUUCCGAUCGCGAAUCGCUCCUUGUCACUUGCGCGUAGAGCACGCAGCAAUCAUCAGGAGAAGUCCAGUACAAGCGAGCUUGUAGGUUUCCCCAGAGAUAGUAUGUCAUAGCGAGGGAGGGUCUGCUCACAUAUCGCUCAGGCAGGUAGUGCGAUGGCCUCUGAUCAUGACUCAGACCAACUUCUUCGCAUACCGUCGCCCCUUCCCGAGGAUAUUUUGCGGCACUUGCCUACUCGGAACCACACAGCUAUGCGUGACUGCUUAUUCAAAUUGCAAUACCUGAUCAAUGCAACUGCGGCGGUGAACAGGCUACCGGUCGAAUUGCUCACGGAAAUUCUCAGACUGCGACUCGUAUGCGCACAGUACCCUGUUCUGAAUCCGAAACCGUCGCUCGUAACUGUGUUGCUCGUCUGCCGUCAUUGGUACAACACCGCGGUCUCCUCUGCGGUGCUAUGGACCAAAAUAACGCUCAGAAUGCCACUUCAAGUUCUCGAGAAAUACCUACGCCGAUCCCGCGGCGCUGCCCUCUCACUUGACACGCGGCUCAUCAAAGCAAGUGCUCCUCAAGUCUUUGUGGAUGCACUCUCUCCGCAUAUCGACCGAAUUACGCACCUGGCCACACGUAGCUUCGAGGCCUACGUCGAGCAUCCCAUGAUGUCCCUGUCUUCCUUGAUCUUGAAUGAUUCAGAGCCUAUCGCGCAGCACCGCUCUUCGUCUCUUCGUUCUUCGGUUGUCUCUAUACACGGAAAAUGCCUCCCACAGCUGGAGUCCCUGACACUCGUCGGGCUCAGGACAAGAGUACGCAUCGUCAAUGCGCGCUGUCUCACGCGGCUCGAACUCGUGUCGAUGUCGUAUGACAGCUGGGACGGACUAUUCAUAUCGCUCAGCGGCUGUCCAGCUCUGGAAUAUCUCGAGUUGAACGAGUUCAGUGCUGACUCCAUGGCCGUCGUCACACCAGCAGGCCGUCAGACCAUAGAGCUGCCACACCUCCGGAAGCUCUAUCUUUCACAGUUCGAGGGACACAGGAGCCUGUCCUUUUUUCUCGCACAUGUCGCCCUUCCACGUACUGCCACCAUCGUCAUCAUCAUGUGGAAGGAAUCCAUCGACGACGCCAUGGAUGGCAUCGUCGACUUAUCCCCCGGAUACACAGUGUUCGCUGACGCUGUUCCCCAUGACAAGACACUUCUCCCGAUGUUCUCUACGAUACAAAAGAUCAAAAUUAAAAUUAAACCCGAGCGUGUGGAGGUCGAAGGCUUCAUGCUAGCGGCACUAGACCAUACUGGUGUCCGCGAACCCUCGGUCGGCUUGUAUUGCGACUUCGGCGACGUACACAACACAAGGUCCCUCCAAAAGCAACUCAUGAUCGAGCUAGGAUCAUUAUUCUCAUCCGCCACGACACUCCGCAUCUGUAUCGCGGACGAUGAAUGCUACGAUAUGCGGCUAGAUCCCACUGGCAUCGAGAGCUGGAAGAGCUUAUACGAUAUGUUCCCCCACAUCGAGGCGAUUGACUUUGCCGGUCCAUCCCUGGGGUUUUUCGACGAAUUCCUAUCCGACAUUGGUCCCACACCACUGCCGCAGCGUGCACAUCAUGCUCCGCUCCCAUGGCCGAAGUUGAAACGUGCACGCUUCGAGUGCGCCGCUAUGAACAGCGAUGCAUACGACAUCAUACGCGGCAUCACUGCCUCGAUCUGCAAUCGUCAACUCGAUGCCUCUGUCGAACGCUUGCAACGUCUUAUCAUUGUUCUCGCGGAUGUCGAUGGACCAUCGAAUCUGCGGAGGUGCUUGAGACAAUUGCGGAGCAAGACCGAGGAGCUCGUAUGCACAAUUGGCAAGCAGGACCUAGUGCUGGACGAUUUAGACCCCAGUCUCUUGGUUCUGCAUGGGGACGUCAACGAGACUAUGCUGUCGGAAUCUUGAGGCAUAUAUUUGGACGAGCCGUUCAUGGUACGCCGGAAGGCCACAGUUCGAUUUCCAUUUGAGGUGGCUGUUGCCGCGUUCGAAGUAUGUACGCACGUGUCAGUGGCAGCAGAAUAUCAACGAUGUUGUUGAGGUCAAGUUGUCCGUACUUUGCGUACUUUCAAAGGAAAUGGAUUAGUAGCCUGAGUGGAGUCUGCAAUGUGGACUCGAGUAGUUGGGGAUAACAAAGGUAC